UUAUACAAAUCCAAUCCAUAAGAGCUAGUGUUUGCCAUUGCCAUUAGAACUACUUGUCAUGGACUCAAAAUUGAUCACUCUCCGGCCAUUCAAGCUAUCCGAUGCCGAUGAUCUCAUGUCAUACGCCGGAGAUGAUCAAGUGACGCGAUCCCUCCGAUGGAAGACUUUGACAACCAAAGACGAAGCGUUGACUUUCAUCAAGGAUGUGUGCAUCCCCCACCCAUGGCGCCGGUCAAUAUGCAUCGACGACCGUUCGAUCGGAUUCGUAACCGUCUUUCCAGGAUCAAGUGAUGACAGGCAUAAGGCAGAUUUAGGGUAUGCCAUAGCUGCAAAGUAUUGGGGCCAAGGGAUAACCACCAAAGCAGUUGAGGUUGCCAUCUCUCAAGUUUUCAAGGACUCCCCUAGUUUGGUCAGGUUGCAAGCUUUCGCUGACGUGGAGAACAAGGCAUCUCAGAGGGUUUUGGAGAAAGCUGGGUUCCAGAAGGAGGGUGUGUUGAGGAGAUAUGGAUAUCUCAAGGGAAAUAUAAAAGAUUUGGUAAUUUAUAGUUUGCUAUCAACAGAUUAACCCUACACGGGAUUUCUCCAAGUUGUAUGCUUUACAAACCUUUUCAGUAACAAAAAAUUUGCAUGUAAGCUCGUGACUGGUUGUAUCUUGGUUCUGAUGUCUCUUUUUUAUAGAACAUUGGUGAGCCGAACCUUCUUCAUGUAAAACUCGACCCUGAGUCGAAUUGAUCAUGUCAUGUGCAACAUUUAUCAAUGAUGGUUCGUUAAUGUCCAUUGAUUUAGAAGAAUCUUAACGAAACACUUCUGGU